AUGAUGAUUAGUUAGGCUACUGUUGUCCCCAGUUCUCAACCUCAUUUUACUGCCAGGAAUCAAAUAAAAUAACAUGUAGCAAAGGUAUAAAGAGUACUUUGCUAAAGCCAACAUCUUUUCAAAGAACAAAUAAUUAAAGUCAGUAAUUUAAACUAGAAAAACGGUGAUGCCUGCUAUUGGUUGAUUCAAGCAGAUAAAUAUGAUUUUACAGAUGAGAGCCAGAUUGUAAUAGACAUGAAAAAUGUUGAUUACCUGCAGGUAAAUUUAUUCAAAGGAAAUGAGAUUAAGACAGCAGAGCAUCUUCGAUCGAUAUCAUAAUUCUAAAAAAUUUAUCAAAGUAUUCAAGAUAAAUAUAUCCUACUAGCUACUCCGUUAGCUAAUCAAUCAUAUUCAUACUUCGAGGCAAGUAUUAAGGUGGAAGGUUAAGUUAGAAAAGUAUCUACUGAAGCUGGAUUAAGAGAUUUCAAAGAAGUAAUGAUUGUAGCAAGCGUAGGUUUGGGAGUUUUGCUUUUGAUAGGUCUAGUGCUUUAUUUUAAUAAGGAUUUUUCGAGUCGUAGAAUCACAUAACAGAUUAUUGAAGAAAUUCAAAUGAUGCCAGUGAAUGAAACAAUAAAUGACUUUAUCUAGAAGAAAGUAUAAUACCAAUAGGUAAAUUAGGAAGAAAAGUAUUAACAGGUAUUCCCUAUGAAUAACUUCAGUACUGAAACCCCAUUUUAAUAAUAAGAACUAUGA